GUCCCGGGGAUGCGGUGCCGGGCAGCAGCCGAGCCCUGAGCGGAGGCCGGGACGGCAAUGAGCGCUGCCGCCGCCAAGCUUUACAUUUGAAGUCAGCAGAGUACAAGCAGUGACUGUCAGGCACCGAGGUGUCCCCCAUGCCAGCCCCCAAGGAGCACUGUCUGUGUGCAGGCUGCUGGGCUUGAUGGCUCUCAGGAAAGGAGAGAAGCCUUCCCCCAUUCCAGCUGAGUUAAAAAGGAAAACACAGAGCUUUUUGUGGAGACAACUGCAUCAUGGCAUCUGAAAAGCCGAUACUUUACAGCUAUUUCCGAAGUUCCUGUUCUUGGAGAGUGCGAACCGCACUGGCUCUGAAAGGAAUUUCGUAUGACCUGGUACCAGUGAACCUCAUUAAGGAUGGAGGGCAGCAGUUUUCUGCUGAAUUCAAGGCACUGAAUCCAAUGCAGCAAGUCCCAGCCUUGAAAAUUGAUGGAAUCAUCCUUUCUCAGUCACUAGCUAUAAUUAAUUACCUAGAAGAGACACGUCCUAACCCCAGGCUCCUGCCCCAAGAUCCAAAGAAGAGAGCCCAAGUCAGAAUGAUCGCUGAUCACAUUGUCUCUGGCAUUCAACCACUCCAGAACCUGAGUGUCCUGAAACAAAUAGGGGAGAAAAAAAUGGAAUGGGCUCAGAACUGUAUCACCUCUGGCUUUCAAGUAUUUCAAGUGCAGUCUGAAGCAGCUGAAGUCACCCUGGGUCCAGAAAAGCUGAAGGACCCUAAAGACUACCAUAACUAUACACUGGAGCAGAUUCUGCAGCAGACUGCUGGACGCUACUGUGUGGGGGAUGAAGUUUCCAUGGCUGAUCUGUGUUUAGUGCCUCAAGUUGCCAAUGCUGAAAGAUUCAAAGUGGACAUGGGUCCAUAUCCCACAAUAACCAGAAUAAAUAAAGCUCUCUUGGAGUUAGAGGCCUUCAAAAUAAGCCACCCUUCCCGGCAGCCAGAUACUCCUGCAGAGCUGCGAGCUUGAAGCCUUUCUACUCAUUAAAUCUAGAAAGCUGGCAUGAUAAAGAAGAUAACACCUCCAAUUUGAGUAGGGAAAGACAGAAGACCUGGAAACAGUGUAGAUGGCUUACAGGAGCUGUGACUGUGCUGGAACACUUGCAGCUACUCAUUUUUUCUAUGCAGUCUAUCUCCAUGAAGCAGAUUAAAGCAGAAGUAUCCGUUAUGAUCAGAAGUUCCCUCUGUACGGCUUUGGGUUGGGGAAUGUGGCCACAAACAAAUGUGAGGCAUUGAGCCAAUUCUGUAUUCCCCACAGGGGUUACUUCUUUUUACCAUCUACAGAAAGAGCAUCAGGGAAUCAGCGUACACAGUGUGCUUAUCCUUGGAGCCAACUCAGAGCCACAGCAGAGUCAUCAGUUCCAUGGAUAUAAACAAUAAGAUCUAGUCUCUGAUGGAAGAUAGCUUAACCCUUCUUGGGGUAUUGAAAAAGCCAAGUCAGCAACUCUGUGACCCCUUGCAAUAACCAGAGCACAGAAUUUAUAAAAGGUCUGCCUAGAGAAAAGCUAGGUGAUUGUGACAGCAAGACACAACCAACUCUCUCCCCUACACUGAAAAUUAUUCUCUUCUUUUUCCCUUCCUCAGUUACCACUCUAGGUGUUUUCCUAGCCUUCAGCUGCAGACUGUUGCCCAAGGGAAUCCCACCCCAGAUUCCCUCCAAACCAGAAUCAUACCUGUACCUAUUACGCUGAGGACAAAUAGCAGCAGUAAAUACUAUUCCAUUCAUCCCAAAUGAAACCAAACACCUAAGUCACCUUCAAAGCUGAAAGUGCCCUGGGAAUUCCAGCUAAAAAUCUGUAGGGAAAAAAGGGAACCUAUAACCUUGUGUCUGUGUGCUUGUGCAGGCUCAGCUCAGAUCCCACUGAAUGUUUUUGGCACCUGAACCCAGAUACUGUAUAUCAGGUACCCUAGGAGAACAAUACCCAUGGCCUUCAGACUUUAUAAACCCACAAUCACUUGUACUAAGGUGGCAUUCACCUACAUACAGAUACCUGGACUGCCAUGUUGCUUGGACUCAUUUAUUGCCAUCCAUAUCUGUAUUUAAUCUGGUGAAGAGACUUGCUGUUCAGGCUCAUUCUGAGAAUCAUGCAUUAUCCUAGGUCCAGCUGGAUCUUGACUGUGCUGUUAUAAAAGGUCCCAGCACAGUUGGAGCCCCCAAAGACCAACACCUUGUGCAGGUUCUGCUCCUCUUUCUUCUCCUUGUCCAUAUCUAUUAAGUGGGCAGGAGUCAGGUCAAGCAAUGUGUGGCCAGCUCGGGGAACAGAGCAGAGGUCGUGGUGGAUCACUGUGCUCCAUGAAAGAGUAUCUGAAAUGGAAAGGGGAUAUCAAUAAUGACAAGCCCAUUCCUGGUGCAAAGGGAUGACACAAAUGGACUAGACUAGGUGUUCAAAAACACCACUGCAGCCCCAGAGUCACGUUCAGCUAUCAAAAGCUGUAUUUGCAGGAGAGUCACUCACCUAGGUGGAAGACAAAGGCAUCAUGGAAGGCUCCUCUGGCAUUGCAGCCUCCACUGAUCAGAACCUUCUGGUCCGACACAGCCAGAGCUGCAUGAAAACUGUGAGUAAAGCAAAGUCAAAAGGUGGCUACAACAAAACCUGCUUGGAUGGCCUCAGCAAUGGGCAGGGAUGGGGGCUUUAAGCUGCAAGAAGAAAAUUGAUUUCUGCUUCUCUCUGCCCUGAUUUUCAGAAUAACCCUAAAAGAGAAGUUUGCCUCUGCAGGGCAGGCCACAAUCAGGCCUGAAGAGGAACUCAUUAUCUCAGAAGGAGCUAUCAAAACUCCUAUGCUUUGCUCUGUGGGAUGAGAUAGCAGGUUAGCUGGGCUCUUCAUUAAUUUAGAUCAUUGUUACAGUGAGCAAUUCUGUCCCUUUAGGAACAGUAUAGUCCUGGUACAGGAGUUUGUUCCUCUGUGUGGCACACUACCUCUCCACACACUGUGAAGACCAAACAGCAGGCCAUACAAUUUACUAGCACAGGGCAGAAGACUUAGCCUAACCUGAAAGACAGAUUUCCAGGGAGGCUAAGUAAUAUCCCCCAACACCAUACUAGCACCAUCAAGGACAGCACAGGAAUUCCUGGGCCCACAGCAGAGAGAAGAUCCACGUAUUUUGACUAGUGGGACAGAGAUAUGCAGCUGGGUCUGAUCACAAGCACUGUUUAAAUCUGGCUUCAAAGAAGUGACAGAAGAAGACAGCUCCUGGGUCUGCAAUAGAAUCUUACCAACGUGCAGAAGGCUGUCCUGCCAGCAGGGGGACUGGUGUGUACUCCAUGAAACCUGACAGACCAAGAAAAGGCAGGUGACAUGUCAAAAAACCUCAGCCUCAUAACUAGACAAAAACCCUGCCACAUCAACAACCUGUCUUCUUUAUUACCCAACUUCUUCCAAAAAAAGCCAUUGUUUUUUCUUCAUCCCCUCCCUUAUUGCCCCAGAAAGGGCUUUUUUUUAAGCCAUAGUUUUUCAUCUCCAUUGUCUAGUCAGGAAUUUGUAUAAUGUUAUUGCUGUUUUCCCAUUGAGCACACCUCACUCCCUGUCUUGGAACAGACCUUCCCAAGGCAGACACAUGGCACAGACUUUCUUACCCAGAUCCAGAAUGUGCAUGUCACUAAGGUAGAGAGAAGUCCUCCGACCCCCAAAAAUCAGCAGCUUGUUUUUCAAUAGAGUAGCUGAAUGCCUGGGCAGAGAGCAAGCAAAUGAAUAAAACAUCUUCAGCAAGUUCCCAAAACUUCUGUUUUAGCCUUGGCCUCUUCUACUGUGCUGCCAUAGCUUCAGUCUACACCUCGGACAGAAUCCCAUCAGGAUUCACAACAGGAGGUACUGAGAAUCCCAUUGCUCUAAACACAGCCCUGUCUUAAGGAGUACAUGGUGGAAAAUAAUCGCCUAAUACUUAGAAAAUCACACUGGUGUGGGAG